GGGGCUCCAGUGGAGCGUAGGCGGUGAGAUAAAGACAGGUACAGCCAACAACCAAUGGACAGCCACGCGGGAGUGACGUAAGCCAGGCUAUCAGUUCCAGUCUUGUCUUUCCAAAAAGGCCUGAAGCCAGGCUUACAAAGAUGCUGCGGUGGCCAUGCAUUUGAUACCUGGAACUCUUAGCUCUGCAGGAUGCCAGGACACAGUUGGAUACCUGGAACCCUUAAGUCUGCAGGAUACCAGGACACCAAAGGCUGGAACCCUUAGCCUUGCCCUGUCAGAAAAAAAAAAUCUGUGGAGACUGGUCUGUGUUAAGUAGUGCUUGCAGGGAGCAGGUCUUUGCCAAAUCGAGGAAAUGCAGCUGCCAAGUCUUGAAUGCAAACCUUAAAACCUCACAAACAUCAAGCUGCAGAAGAGUCUCCAAGUCCUAGAACUUCCCUGACAUCGAAUCAUAGAAAUUAAAACCCAACACUGUUGGCUUCUGGAAAACUGGUCACUUCAGAGUCCUGUGCUAAGGACCCUGGGAUCUUGAGCAGGCUGCACCUCCAUUUGACCCAUCGGUCUAAUAUAACACAGUCAUGAUGAGAUGGACUUCAAAGGGUGAGAACUGAACACAACUGUUUGUGAGAAGUGUUCGGCUCUGUGUCUGGAAUGUGGAAAAUUCUAGAUAAAUGUUGGCUACCAAAAUUAUUAUGGCUGUUUAAAAUCCUAAACCUUUGCAAACUGGAGCUUUUCUUCUCUUUUGUUCUUUGUGGAUUAUUUUUUUUUCUUUUUUCUUUUUCUUUUUUCUUUUUUUCGGAGCUGGGGACCGAACCCAGGGCCUUGCGGUUGCUAGGCAAGCGCUCUACCACUGAGCUAAAUCCCCAACCCCGUGGAUUAUUUUUUUUUAACACAGAAUCGGGCUAUAUAGCCCCAGGCAGCCUUACAACUCUUGAUUCUUUUGCCUCAGUCUCUGGGGUCCUGGGAUUACUGGUGUGUUCUACAAUGCUGGGUGAAACUGGGGCUUUUCAGAGUAGAAUGUUGCAAAGUUUAGAAUCAUCAGGCUUUGGUUAUAUUGUUUCUGACAGGACAAGGACCCUGGGCUGAUUAUGUAUGGUUGUUUUAUUAGUAACCAACAGCCGUGUGCAUGUCGAGCAGUGAGCUGCACACCAUCCUUUCUUCCCCUAGGCCUUCUUGGAGAUGCUGGCUAUAUUAACAUGGGGCCGGCCGUUAGGGCUGUUCCCAGGUGGGUGGCUGCUGGGUCAGAGUGCGCAAGCACAAACAUAAUGUGGAGAUACUUGCCUUCUCACUCAGAGACUCUCAGCAGAUUCUGGGAGCCAGCAAUUCUGAGACUCUUUGAUUCUGUGAAUUUGUGGUGGAAGUACAGCCCACUUUUUUCUCCAUGAAUUGCCUUCCAUGCCUUUUGCUUUCUAUGGAAAGAAAGCUACGGGAGUGUCUAGACCUCCUGAGCCUUGACAACAUGAAUGGCGGUGAUCAUGUUAACGCUCCCUAGGGAAGCACCGAGGCUUGGAGCAGAAUGAAGCCUCUGGAGACCAAGCACUAUCCCAUGUCACCCUUGGCUGCUUCUCAUUCACAUGUCAGGCUUCAGAUCCCUUCUUCUGUUCAACCCAGCAAUCCUCAAAUAUCUCCCGCACAGAAUGGUGUCUCUACCUGCCUCGGAAUGCCUUUGUGAUUUGACUUAUUUUCCCUCAGUUUUUUUUCUAACUCUACACACUUUUGUUUAAGAAAUUGUGGUUUCUCAUGAGCCCUGUUAUCUCAUUGAUACCUUUUACCUCUGUGGUGAGGGGAAGAAAUCAUAUUUUCAGAUGACUUGUAAAGGGCAAAGAAAAAACCCAAAAUUUCAAAAUUUCCGUUUAAGUCUCAUAAGAAAAGAAUAAACAAAGCGAGAGAGCGAAGAAAAAAAAACUACGAGAACCCCCCCACCCUGCGAUUAUCAGCACACACACACUCAUAAAAAAAAAUGGAUUAUUAGAAGAGAGAGGUCUGCGGCUUCCACACCGUGGUUUUUUCUUCUCGGUAUAAAAGCAAAGUUGUUUUUGAUAAUGUGGCAGUUUCCCACAAGCCAGGCUGAUCCCUCUCUGUCAGUCCACUUCACUCAGGUGAGUGUCCCUGCUCUCCCCCACCAGACACAGCUCUGCUGGAGAAAGUGGCAGGGAAGGAGUGUCAGGAGCCCUCCAGUACAGCCGGACACACUGCAGGUAAGGACUUUUGAAACUAAUACCACUCAUCCUAAAUGCCAGACAGCUGGAGCAGUUGGUCCUUAGACAGGGGCAAAAAGUACAUGGAUUGGUUGACAUACAGAUAGACAGGGUUUUUUAACAUGUGUCUAUCAACUGCUGGUCUCCAUGACCGCCAGAGCUUUGGACAACUCAAAUGUUGUCCAGCUAGAACUCGAAAGGAGAGCUGCAUCUCGUGUCUUUUCCUCCUGCUGUCCUCCACUUCUCUGCCUCUUUGCCUGGCUCUGUCUUUCUCCCUUCAGUGCCCAGUCUGUCUUUCCCAGGCUCUGACUGUAUUCCUGUCUAUCUCUUCCAGCCUGGCCACCCACCUUCCAUUUCUUUCCUCCACCUCUGACUCUUGGCUCGCCUUCCUUCAGCUGCUUUCCCACCUGCUAUCCAGCACAGAUAUUUGUACACCACCAGCACCUACUAAUGGCUCAAGAGCUCUGUUUUCCAAGAGUGAGCAUCAGUUCUGUGUGUCUUAGGAGGACUGUGAGCUGUCAGGUCAGUCUUGGCAUUUAACUGAACUUCUGCUUGUGUCAUAUAAGAACACCCUCGGUCAAGUACAGUUUAGCAAAGGACUGACUGUAUGACUGUGACCAGAAUCCAUGUCCAAGGAGAGCAGGCAGUUCAGGAUUAGGAUGAGCUGGGCUAUGCAGGCUUAGUGCUAUGGCCUGGGAUAUGGUAAGUUCUCGCUGUUUGCUAUAGUAUUUUUAAACAAAUUAGAAUCAUAGCUGUAUAUUGGGUUUGUUUCUGCUUUAUUCAAUCAAUAUCAUUUUGGAGCAUACUAAAAAAAUGAACACGUGAUCUUUUAUGUCCUCACAUCACCAUGAAUUUUGAUUGCUUGAAUUAAGGGCUGGGACAUUCGGGUUUUUUCUGAUUCCAAAGAUCUACACCUGACUCUUGGAUUGUGAAAAUGGAGUAGCUGGGGAAAAAUAAAUAAUAAAUACAAACUUUAACAAGUUUUGGAAAAGCAAUCUGCAGAGAGGGUAAAAACCUUGUCUUAUUUUGUUGUUUCUAUUCAAGCUAAUCUUAGGAGUGUGUUGCCAUUUUUAAUCCUUCCCCAUUAUAAGGAAAACUGACAUUGUUAAAGUUUGCAUUUUGGUUACUUUUAAUGACUAUUGGCCAUUUGUAGUCUGUGGGCUAGAGUUUCAUGAUCAUGAUCUUCAUCCUAAUAGAGUGCUCAUGAUUUUUCAAAAUUUUCGAUAGCUCUUAAUUUGGAAAGGAUAGUAACUUUCUAUUGGUUACAUGUAUAUGCCACACAUCUCCCUGAAAUUCACCAUCUGUAUUUUAAUUUUAUUCAUUUACUUAGUUUAUAGGCACACAUGUUUUGCAUGCAUGUGUACCAUAUGUGUGCCUGGUGCUCACAGAGGCCAGAAGAUGGUGUGGGAUGCCAUGGGACUGGAGUUACAGAGGGUUACGUGGGUGCUGGCAUUUGUGUGGCUUCUUUCAAGGGUUUCAUGUUUUAAAAGUCUUCUGCCACUUGAAAAUAAGGUGCUACCUCCUCUGGAAGAACAGCCAAGGCUCUUACCCAUGGAGCCAUCUCUCCAGCCCUGUUUGUGUAGGGGUUUUGUGUGUGUGUGUGUGUGUGUGUGUGUGUGUGUGUGUGUGUGUGUGUGUGUGUGUGUGUUUUGGUUGGGUUUUUUUGUUUGUUUUUUGAUUUUGGGGGUUUUUUUGUUUUUUGUUUUUUGUUUGUUUGUUUGUUUGUUUUUUGUUUGGUUUGAGACAAGUUCUCACUCUAUAGCCCUGGCUGGCCUAAAACUCACUGUGUAGGCCAGGCUGACCUCACACUUACAAAGAUCCAUCUGUCUGCCUCUGCCUCUGGCUCCUGAGAGAUGGGAUAAAGCACACACGCCACUGCAACUGGCUGUCACUUGCUUUUGUCCUACUUAUUGUGCUUUGUAACACACGUGUCUUUUAUGUGUUUAGAUUACUCUUUUCUCGUGCAGCUUUUGUCUACGGUUUUGUGUUUUAAGUCUUUUGCACUUGAAAAUGAGAUAAAUGUUCGCCCCAUGUUGGCUUCCAGUCUCCUCUAUGGCUUCAUUUUUUCCAUUUACUGUAGAGGUCAAAAGUGUGGGUACUGGAGCCAGACUGUCUGGAACAGCCUCACCUCAAGUCAUCUGUGUGAAUCUUACCCAGGCACUUAACCUCUCUGUACCUCCAUUUCCUCGUAUGUACUGUGAUGCUUAUAACACUACCUACCUCAGAGGCGCUUUCUGAGGAUUACAUCUAUUAAUCAUGGUAGGUGUUUAGCAUAAGGCCAAACACAACAGUGAUCGACAUUAAAAUGUAUCUCUUUAGUGGAUCUGGAAAUUAUUCUAGAGCAUCUGAUGACAGUGACAUUUCAAGUGGGCAGAGAGGUAUUGGUGGGAAAGUGGGCUAUCAUUCUACCCAGUCACUUUAUUUUCCCCUAAUUGUCUCAGAAUCGUUUGUUAAUUCAUCCUGCACUGCUCCUCAUGUUGAAAUGUUGCAUUCAUCACAAAUUCCGUUCCCUCUGUGUAUAAGUCAACGCCAAGGCUUUCUCCUCUGAUCUGGCCCUUAGCGUGUAUUCUUCUACAGAACCCACGCUAUUUUUCUGAUGUUGCUUUGCAAAACAAUUCAAUACUAGCCAUGGGUAUCUCUGGCCCCUAGCAGCGUUAGUCCUCCAGACAGAGGCCGGGGAUUAUUUGGGUCAGUUCUCUCCUGCCUCUCAUUCUUUUGUUCAUUAUUUCUCUGUCAUUAUUCCUCUAAACUGUCCUCAUUGUCUCUCUGUGUGUUCUAUUCCUAUUCCAUCUCAUGUCUUUCUCGAUUUCUCUAUCUGUAUCUCUUCUAUAUCUGUAUUUACAAACACAUUAUAUAUAUAUAUAUAUAUGUAUAUAUAUAUGUAUAUAUAUAUAUAUCAUCCAUAAGAUUUGCCCCAGACACAGGACAGAAAGACUCUGAAUUUCCUCCAUCCCAUACUCUUUGUUCCCUAGUCUAGAAGGGCAAACUGGGCUCAGACAGGAAGGCUCCCUCCCAGGCCUCACAGAGAUGUUGUGUCAGAGUUAAACUGAAGAUCAGAUCUCAGAAUUCUCAGUGGGAUCUUGACUCUGACCAUCCCCCAUUGCAGACCUCAGUUUACCUCUCAGUACCCAGGAGCUAACAGAACACCUGAGGUCUCAUUCCCUCUUCUACCUUCUCACAAGUUGGAUCCAGAUUUGCAGAGGAUGGUCCAUAAUCAUGGCAUGGGGCCAUGCCUCACAAGCUCUGGCCUGUGUGAGGUUCUGGGCCCCAUGAGUCAGAAGUCCUAGCUGACCAAAGAAUACUAGUAAUGAUGGAGAAAUAUCAGUUAAGUAUGAACCCUCAGAGUUCAUACUGGGCUCCUUGGGACCACCAUUCUGGGCCCUUCCAAAAAGCCUGGUGGUAUGCUCUUUCCAUGAGGGCCAGGCCAAAUAUCUUCCUCUUAUCCCUGUCUCUGGAAAAACGUUGUUAUUUCUGGACAGUUGUCCCAGGAUACCAGGUCUGGAGCCAUUUAUCAGUCACUGACAUUUGCUCAGCGUUUUUGUGUACUAACUUUGCAAGAUGGCUCCUGUUUCUGUCCCAGAUUAGAAAGGACAGAAAGACCCCGGCCAUCCUUCAUCCCACACUCUUCCCUCCCCAGUCUAGAAGGGCAAAGUGGGCUCAGAGAUGGACAGGAAGGCCCUUUGUCCCAGAAGGGCAAAGCCUGGCCCUAGAUCAGGACAGUAGAGCGUUUUCCAACCGUCUGCCUUAAUGGAGCUCAGGAGGCGGCUGAGGACCUGCUGACACUCCAGACGGAGCCAGAGGCCUUAUGGAGCUUGGAGCUUCCUGGCUUUGGGUGGUUUCCAUUUCUUUGGGCUCUGGGACAUCGAUCCACACAGUGAGAAGGUGGAAACAUAUACCCUACAGAGUCGGUGUUCUUGAAAUUCUGAAAUCCGUUGGCUCUGAUAAGUGAUAUUCAACGGUUCUGAGUUUCUGUUACUACAGCAUUUGAAGACCCAAAGGGGUCUCACGAGGCCUGCCUAACACUCACCAAGCAUCCAGCCUUGGGCCCCUCUGACAUCCAAGAAAGGCAGAAUCUAUAGAACUUGGGUUUUGCAUGGUAGCCAGAUGGACGUCACCUACCACAUCCGCUAGCACCCACAUCACCCUACCUGGGCCUAUCCGGCUACAGGAUAAACUAGCCACUUCUCAGAACGAAACCUGUGGGGUGGGUUGUCUGCCCCCUUCUCUUCCUCCUUGUUGCCGAUGAAGCCCAAUGCAUCCGGCCGCCAUGACGUCAAUGGCAGAAAAAUCUGGCCAAGUUGGGGUUGUGACAACAGGGCCCAGAUAUAGACCCCGAUAGGAAAACAUAUUCUAUGUCCCAGAAACAACCUCCAUACAGCUUCUAAGAAACAGUCAAAAAGGAACGCCCCAACAGACAGUGCAGGAAGCUGGCUGGCCAGCCCAGCCCUCCAGGUCCCUAGAACCACUAGACAGACCAUAUGCAAUUCAGGUCCCUUUCCGAGAAUGUAGUGAUGCUUCACAGUCACACCAGUUCCAGAUGUGUUUAAAGAAGGAGAUUUCUUAUAAGUUCUGACCAAAUAUACGGAGCGCUUCAAAAGUGACCAUGGUCCGGCCACGUGGGCUAAGCCAGUAUAAUGGAAAAUCCCACUCAUCAAACUUGACACACAUUUGCUUGGGCUACUGUAAUGAAGUAUCACAAAUGAAGUGAUGUACAUAGCAUAGAACUAUCAUGUCAUAGUUCUGGAGGAUAUAAGACCAAGAUGAAGAUGGCGUCAGGGUUGAUUCUUCCUAUAAUUCCUGCCCUUCUUUUCAUUUCUGAUGCUUUCCUUUGCUGCUCUUUCUUGGAGAAGCAUCGCAUCAUGGCUGCCUGCCUUCAUUCAGUCUUUCAGCUCAUCGCAUGACGGUUCUAGGAAGCCAGUCUCAGCCCCCACAGACCCAGACACUUCAUGCUAAUGUUUUAACCCAUGACACACUAGUUUUAAUACCUCGGUUCUUGGACUAAUCUCUCUGAGCUCUGAGGAGCCCCAGACGUGAUAGCAGAUAAGAUCCACUUGCCUUCCAAAACCGUCCAUGCUUUCCCCAGGCUGUUCACAAAAGAGAGAUGCCCAACCAUGUAGUAGAGAAGAAUGGAGAAUGACAUAGUCACAUGCACAUAAACAGCAGGGAAAACGUGCUCUAUAUACUUCCUAGCGAAAGAUGAGGUGAUAUCAGCCUGAAAUUGUAGUCUGUAAUCCCAGUACUCAAAAGGCAGAAGCAAGGAGUUUAGGGACAGCCUAGGUAUACAGUGAGUUCCAGGCUAGCCCAGGCUACAUGAGACCCUAUCUAAAAAGGAAAGGAGGUCCCAGGCUAUGACAAGUCUAUAGAAUUCUGAACUUGGCUAUCCCCUUAAUUAAAAUGAGGGUGGAAUUCUAUAGUCAGUUCAAGAUCUGGUUCUGUCUCUGACUAGAACUAUAAGAUCCUGAAAAAAAAAUGAAAGCCACUGUCUUAAGGGAAUGUAAGGUACUCGGCUCAGCACAGGAACCUGAGUCGCCAUGUAGAGCUUUGAGGAGGAAAUCAGAAGACUGAAGGGCAGAGAUUGAGGAGCUCCGUGGGGCCCUGGAUCAAGCAACCCUGUCCAUCUUUUUUUCUGGCACCUGCCAUGCCAACUCCAUGCCAGACAAAAGCCCAGAGAAGACAAACCCACGCUGUGGCCCUGAGCUCUGCAGUGAUGAAUUCUACCUGCAAGUCUCCCCUGCAUCUACUGCUUACCUUUGCAUCAAGCCACACCUGACUAUCGCUGCAAACCGUGCUCCUCCAUCCUCUCCCAUCUAUCUCUGGUAAUGCCCACUGUCGUAGCUGCUUAUGCCAAAACCCAGGUGUCAUCUUGACCUUUUCUCUCAUCUCCAUCCAAGCUCCGGCAACUUUUCCUGACUCUGCCUUCACACGAGACUUGGAAGUCAGCCACGUUUCGGCAGCUCCUCUGCCGUUAUCCAGGUUGGUAGCACCAGCGUCACUCCCCUCCACUAUCUCAGCAGACUUCCCACUAGUACAGUAGCCACUCCCUGUAGCCUUCCCACUCACGGCAUCCAGCUGAAUCUUUUGAGUCCGCCCAAGUCACUGGAAUAAAAUGACAAGAAGAGAGUCCAAGACAAGCCUUGGCAGAAUCAGCAAAGACUGUGAGGCCUGUGCAGAGUGCCGAGGCCCCACAAACCAACUCCCCAUUGCCCCGCAUCCAUGACAGGACUGUGUGGUGUAUGCAAGCAAGUGAGGUGCUGGACAUAUGCGUGUGUGGGAUAUAUACAUCAACCUGUGCUCCUGAUAUCAGGGAAGGUAGGGUAUGUGUAUGUAAGACAGGCCAGAGGUAUAGUCACGGGGCCCUUUGUGGCAUGUCCCAGCCAACACCUAUUCUGACCAGAGGCUGGAAAUGUUGAACUAUCUUACACCAUCUGUAAAUGUUGACUUUCUUACACCAUCCCUGGAAUGCAUGUGACUUCACUCCACUGUUGUCCUUUCAGCCUGCCUCAGACAAGAACCUGAUGCCCAACCCAAGGCCAGCUAAGCCUAUGGCUCCUUCCUUGGCCCCUGGCCCGUCCCCAGGAGGCUUGCCAAGCUGGAAGACUGCGCCCAAGGGCUCAGAACUCCUAGGGACCAGGGGUCCUGGGGGACCCUUCCAAGGCCGGGACCUGCGAAGUGGGGCCCACACCUCCUCUUCUUCCUUGAACCCCCUGCCACCAUCACAGCUGCAGCUGCCUACAGUGCCCCUAGUCAUGGUGGCACCCUCUGGGGCCCGACUAGGCCCCUCACCGCACCUGCAGGCACUUCUCCAGGACAGACCACACUUUAUGCAUCAGCUCUCCACUGUAGACGCACAUGGCCACACCCCUGUGCUACAAGUGCGCCCACUGGACAACCCAGCGAUGAUCGGCCUCCCACCGCCUACUGCUGCCACUGGAGUCUUCUCCCUCAAGGCCCGGCCUGGCCUGCCACCUGGGAUCAAUGUGGCCAGUCUGGAAUGGGUGUCCAGGGAGCCGGCUCUACUCUGCACCUUCCCACGCUCAGGUACACCCAGGAAAGACAGCAACCUUCUGGCUGCACCACAAGGAUCCUACCCACUGCUGGCAAACGGAGUCUGCAAGUGGCCGGGUUGUGAGAAGGCCUUCGAGGAGCCGGGAGAGUUUCUCAAGCACUGCCAAGCAGAUCACCUCUUGGAUGAGAAGGGCAAGGCCCAGUGCCUCCUCCAGAGAGAAGUGGUGCAGUCUCUGGAGCAGCAGCUGGAGCUGGAAAAGGAGAAGCUGGGAGCUAUGCAGGCCCACCUGGCUGGGAAGAUGGCAUUGACAAAAGCUCCACCUGUGGCCUCAGUGGACAAGAGCUCCUGCUGCCUCGUAGCCACCAGCACCCAGGGCAGCGUCCUCCCGGCCUGGUCUAGUCCCCGGGAAGCUUCAGACAGCUUGUUUGCUGUGCGGAGACACCUCUGGGGAAGCCAUGGAAACAGCACCUUUCCAGAGUUCUUCCACAACAUGGACUACUUCAAGUACCAUAAUAUGCGGCCCCCUUUCACCUAUGCCACCCUCAUCCGAUGGGCCAUCCUGGAAGCUCCAGAGAGGCAGAGGACACUCAAUGAAAUCUACCAUUGGUUCACACGCAUGUUCGCCUACUUCAGAAACCACCCCGCCACCUGGAAGAAUGCCAUCCGCCACAACCUGAGCCUGCACAAGUGCUUUGUGCGAGUGGAGAGUGAGAAGGGAGCAGUGUGGACCGUAGAUGAAUUUGAGUUUCGCAAGAAGAGGAGCCAACGCCCCAGCAAGUGCUCCAACCCCUGCCCUUGACCUCAAAACCAAGAAAACAUGGACGGGGGCCAAAACAUGAGACUGAGGCUGUAGGGGCAAGGAGGCAAGUCCUGGACAUACCUAUGGAGACCAGGCAGUGAGGUUUCUGCCAUCUUGCCUAUCAGGGCCUCCACUCUCUAUCUAGCUGCCCUCCUGAGAGGGGUGCCAAUCUCAACCUAGCCCCUAGCCCCAACCUACCCCCAAGAUGAGCUUUCCAGCCAAACAGCCCUCACAACCAGCUAUACAUAUAUCUGCCUUGGCCACUGCCAAGCAGAAAAAUGACAGACACAGUUCCUAAUACUGUCCCUUGGACUCAACCCAAACCCUAAAACACGAAGAGCCUGCCUUCGCACAUUCAUGGGCCCUCAAAGUUACAAUCCUGCAAUUGCACGUGACUGCAAUCCUACUGACUCAUAGCCCAACACUCACCCACAACGUCUGCAACCACAGACACUAUGACACAUAGCAGGGGUGUAGAUGCAGACCCUCGUACAGGAGCAGCGCUGGAACCUUCAGAAUUAGCAUCCCAGAAAACCACACAGGCAUAACUGAUCAUACGUAGCCUCUAGUAAUGCCCAAAAAAUAUCAAGUCAGACACAGCUUGUCAGAACGCACACGUGUACAUGUACACACAUGCAGCCCCUCCACCGUAUCUCCUGAGUUCCAUGAAUACACACCGACUUUCCAAAAUGUACCCCAUGUAUCACUUGCCACUAACCCCAGUCCCCUACCCCCAAGCCCCAAUCCAUGCCUAAGCGUGGCCCACAGAAGAACUUCUCUUUUAUUUGGAAUCCAAGGCCCCUGGUCCCCAGUGCCCAUCCAAUAAACUGUGGUCAAGCUGGACAAUCACCCUGA